UCCUUUCCGGAUCUCCCAUCUCCACACACAAAUCAUUCGCGUCCGGCUGCCGUAGGCUAGCUACGCGUAGGUGGUUUACCGAAGAUGGCGGCUUGUAGACGUGUGCAGCUUCUUUUAUUGCUUCUAGCCAUCCCUGCUUGCAUUCGUUCUACCCAGGGAGCGAAAUCACAGGGCAUUCACGCUGAUGUAUAUGCAGGAGAUAAUGCCAACGACGGUAAAAAUGCCGGAGGUGCGCUGCCCGAGCAGAAGGCUGGAGCGGCGGCCUCUCAGUCCCGCCGCAGCUCCACCGGCUGGAAGCUGGCUGAAGAGGAGGCCUGUCGCGAGGACGUGACCAGACUGUGCUCCAAACAUUCCUGGAACAACAACCUGGCCGUGCUCGAGUGUCUGCAGGAUCGGAAAGAGGAAACGGAGAUAGCAGCCAGCUGUAACCAUUUGCUGUGGAAUUACAAGCUGAAUCUGACAACAGACCCAAAGUUUGAGUCCGUGGCCGUGGAGGUGUGCAAGAGCACCAUUAGUGACAUUAAAGAGUGUGCAGCAGAGGAGCGGGGGAAGGGCUAUUUAGUGUCAUGUUUGGUAGAUCACCGUACCAACAUCACUGAAUACCAGUGCAAUCAGUACAUCACGAAGAUGGCUACUAUCAUCUUCAGUGACUUCCGGCUCAUCUGUGGCUUCAUGGACAGCUGCAAGGAUGACAUCAACGCUCUGCACUGUGGAAGUGUUAACACUGGCGAGAAGGAUGUACACUCUCAGGGAGAGGUGAUAGCAUGUCUGGAAAAAGGACUGGUGAGCGAAGUAGAGGAACAGCCAGGGCGUUAUACAAUCAAAGAAGAUUGUAAGAAGGCCAUCAUGCGUGUGGCUGAGCUGUCGUCAGAUGACUUUCACCUGGACAGGCACCUCUUCUUCGCAUGCCGAGAUGAUCGCGAGCGCUUCUGUGAAAACACUCCAGCAGGUGAGGGAAGGGUCUACAAAUGUCUGUUCAACCACAAAUUUGAGGAGUCCAUGUCUGUAAAGUGCAGAGAGGCCCUCUCCACCAGACAGAAGCUGAUAGCUCAGGAUUACAAGGUGAGCUACUCACUGGCCAAAGCCUGCAAACAGGACCUGCGGAAAUACCGCUGCAACGUGGAUACCACAUUGCCCCGUGGCAGAGAGGCCAAGCUAUCCUACCUGCUGCUGUGCCUCGAGUCUGCCGUACACAGAGGACGCACUGUGAGUGGAGAGUGUCAGGGGGAGAUGUUGGACUACAGACGCAUGCUGAUGGAGGAUUAUUCGCUGAGUCCUGAGAUUGUGCUGCACUGCCGAGGGGAGAUUGACACACACUGCUCCGGUCUGCACCACAAGGGCCGAACCCUCCACUGCCUCAUGAGAGUGUCCCGUGACAAGGGCAUUGUAGACAACCUGUGUCAGAAAUCUCUCCAGACUUUGAUCCAGGAGACGGAUCCCGGGGCAGAUUACCGGAUUGAUCGGGCUCUCAAUGAAGCCUGUGAGUCAGUCAUCCAGACCGCCUGCAAACACAUCCGUAAUGGAGACCCCAUGAUCCUGUCUUGUUUAAUGGAGCAUCUUUACACUGACAAGAUGGUGGAAGACUGUGAGCACAGGUUGCUAGAGCUGCAGUACUUCAUCUCCAGAGACUGGAAGCUGGACCCGAUCCUCUACAGGAAGUGUCAGAAUGAUGCUGCACGUAUUUGCCACACUCACGGCUGGAACGAGACGAGUGAAUUCAUGCCCCCAGGAGCGGUCUUUUCCUGCCUGUACCGCCAUGCUUACCGCACCGAGGAGCAAGGUCGACGGGACCCCACUGACAGCAACAGUCUUUAUACUUUAUCUCGUGACUGUAAGACGGAAGUGCAGCGCAUUCUCCAUCAGAGGGCUCUGGAUGUAAAGCUGGACCCAGACCUGCAGAGACGGUGUAUGACCGAUCUGGGCAAGUGGUGCAGUGAGAAAACAGAGCCUGGCCAGGAGUUGGAGUGUCUACAGGAUCAUUUAGAUGAUUUGGGCUCAGAUUGUAGAGAUGUAGUGGGUAACCUGACAGAGCUGGAGUCUGAAGAUAUUCAGAUUGAAGCCCUUUUAAUCCGAGCCUGUGAACCUGUCAUCCAGUCGCACUGCCAUGAGGUGGCAGAUAAUCAGAUAGAUAAUGGAGAUCUGAUGGAGUGUCUUGUGCUCAAUAAACACCAGAAGGAGAUGAAUGAAAAAUGUGCAGUCGGAGUCACUCACUUUCAGCUGGUCCAAAUGAAAGACUUCCGCUUUUCCUACAAGUUCAAGAUGGCCUGCAAGGAGGAUGUUCUCAAGCUCUGCCCUAACAUCAAAAAGAAGGUGGAUGUGGUCAUCUGUUUGAGCACCAUGGUCAGGAAUGAUACGUUGCAGGAGGUGAAAGACCAACGUGUUUCCAUGAAGUGCCGGAGGCAGCUCAGAGUGGAGGAACUGGAGAUGUCAGAGGAUAUCCGCCUGGACCAAGAUCUGUACGAGAGCUGUAAGCAGGACAUUAAGGAUCACUGUCAGAACGUGGUGUUUGGCAACGCUCAGGUGAUUGAGUGUCUGAAGGACAAUAAGAAUCAUCUGCUCCCGCGCUGUCACCAGAAGAUCUUUAAACUGCAGGAGACUGAGAUGAUCGACCCUGAACUCGACUUUCAGCUCAUGAGAGUGUGUAAGCAGAUGAUCAGGCGUUUCUGCUCUGAAGCCGAUGCUAAGAGCAUGCUCCAGUGCCUGAAACAAAAUAAGAAUAGUGAACUCAUGGACCCCAAAUGCAAACAGAUGAUCACCAAGAGACAGAUCACCCAGAACACAGACUACAGACUGAACCCAGUGUUGAGGAAGGCCUGUAAGGCUGACAUUCCCAAGUUCUGCCAGAACAUUCUGGACAAAUUGAAAGAUGACAUUGAGUUAGAGGGCCAGGUCAUCUCCUGCCUCAAACUCAAAUAUGCUGACCAGCGUCUCUCCUCAGACUGUGAGGACCAGAUUAGGGUAAUUCUGCAGGAGUCUGCCUUAGACUACAGACUGGACCCUCAGUUACAGAAGCAGUGCGUUGAUGAGAUCCCGCGGCUGUGUGCAGAGGAGGUAGCGGCCCAGGAACAGACAGGUCAGGUGGAAGAAUGUCUCAAAGUGAAUCUGCUCAAGCUCAAAAGUGAGGACUGCAAAAAGGAAGUGCUAAACAUCCUCAAGGAGAGUAAGGCAGACAUUUUCGUGGAUCCAGUGCUGCACACAGCAUGUGCGCUUGACCUUAAGCAUCAGUGCGCUGCCAUCCCACCUGGCAGAGGAAGACAGAUGUCUUGUCUGAUGGAGGCUCUUCAGGAUAAGAGAGUGAGACUCCAGCCUGAGUGUAAGAAGAGACUGCAAGACCGCAUAGACAUGUGGAGCUACGCUGCCAAGGUGGCACCAGCAGAAGGCUUCUCAGACUUGGCUGGUCAGGUCUUCUCCUCUCCUGCUAAGAACUAUAUCCUGAGCAUGCUAGCAAUGUGUGUGGUGCUCCUGUUCUUCAUGGGGCUGCUGUGCGGCCGCAUCACCAAGCGCGUCACGCAGGAGCUGAAGGACAGAAAACGUGACAGUCUUGUACAGUUACCGGAUUGCACUCACGAGAAGCAGAUGGACACACCCUUCAACCACCUUUACUGGUAAUGAGAAUGUUGGUAUGGAAAAUUGCCAUGGCCUUUAGUAACCUUUGUUGGAAAUUAUGCUUAUUUAAUCAAUUCUUCACCAUUCUAGAAAUUUACUCCAAAAAUUCCUUUCAUGUUUAAAGAAAAAAAAAAAAAAAAUCAAGUUCAACCUAAUUUGUCCAACAACAAUUGUAAGGUCUGGCCCACAGAAAAUGUUCAGCUUUCCAUGUCACAUCUUUUCAGUAUUAACUCAUGUUAGCUUGAGCUCAUUGCUUACAUUGACAUUGGCCUUUAGUCUGGCUAGAAAAACCAGCAGUGUCUCUGCUUAGAUAAAGCGUGUGGUCACUACUCCCAGCCAGCCCAGAAACCAUGGGCAUAUUUCGUGGAUCAUUCCUUAAAUAUUUCGCCAAUGAUUAAGCAAGUGAAUGUAGCACUGGAAAGAUUUCUUCAUAUUUGCUUGAUUUCCUCCUCCUUUCAGACAGGAAAUAAUGUGAAGUCAUACUGUAAGUGCUCACUGUCUGCUGUGUGUGACCUUUCUACAAGUAGAGUAAACACAUAGUAAUUAUUUUUAAAAAAAAAAUGCUAAAUGGUAAUGAUGCAUUUUGUUUUUGUAUGCUUUUUUUCCAUUGUACAAAUUGAUUUAAAAGUAUUUCCCUUCAGAUCUGAUUAAGCCAUGUAUUAUACAUAUAUAAAAAUGGCUUUUUUGUCUUUAUUUGUUGUUUUUGUUAUGUACAAAGUGAUUUGGAAAAUUGUUAAUAAAAUCAAUUUGCUGGUUUGUA